AUGGCUUCCACGAAUACAUCACUGGAUAGAUGGGUCUCCGAACCCGAUGGCCGCGGAACAUGGAGUAUCCUCUCAACCUGCCUGCUGACCAUAUCCCUAUGCUGCUGGUCUUCGGUCUAUCCCAACAUUCCCUCAAGAUCAGACGGCGAAUUCAGACAAUUCUUGUAUAAGUUCUAUCUCUUGUCUAUUGGGAUUCUGGGGCCGGAGAUUCUCCUGUUUAUUGCGUUGGGACAAUGGACUUCUGCUAGGGCUGCAGUCAAAAAAUUCCAUGCAGCAGGAUAUACGAACUGGACAAAGACGCAUGCCUUCUUUGCAGAUAUGGGUGGAUUCCUGCUUGACACUCCGGAUUGUCCAUUAUUUCCUAUUGAUAGUGAGCAGUUGCUUCAUCUCGUCCGAGAUGGGUAUCUUGUCUAUCCGGAGUUGGAUGUAGAGGAUAUAUCAGACAAAAGUAAAUCAGAUCGGUUUACCAGUUUCCUCGCCAUAAUCCAAGCCAUCUGGUUCUCCAUCAACUGCUUCGGCCGCGUAGCCAGCCAUCUGUUCAUCACCACCCUCGAACUGACCACCUUAUCGUUCAUAAUCAUUUUCCUUAUUACCUCGUACUGCUGGUACCACAAACCCAAAGACGUCUCUCGCGCCAUCAUCCUCACCACCACAACUCCCAUCAAAGAUAUACGUGCCCGAUACCAUCCCCAUCCAGACCAAGAGUGGUACCAGACUCCCCUCGACUUCCUAUCUCGCAACGAAUGGUUCGCCAGUCGUCUGUGGCGGUACUACGUGCAGAUUCUGCAUUACCUACACAUUCCAAUCUUCCGUCGCCCAGCCUGUCGGCCGUAUGAUCGAUUUCCGUCUGACAAUUUCCUAUAUGUCGAUAAGUUAGCGGAAAUUCUUGCGACGCCGAUUAUUGUUGCAUAUAGCUGCACGUUCAUGUUUGCGUGGAAAUCUGAAUUCCCAACACCGACGGAGCAGUUGCUCUGGCGUAUUGCGGCGGUAUAUCUCGUCUGUUUUGGCACUGCCGGUAUGUGCGUUUGUUGGCAUGCGCAUUAUUUUAUCGUCCCGAAAUUAUCGGCUCAGAACAAGGACGAAUAUCUACUAUCCGAGCACGACGCAGAACUUCAACCCCGAGAUAGAGCUCCUCCUCUAGCGAGGAAAGGGCGAUUACAUCGCCUGGCCUGGCGACUACGAAACAUCCAUCCAGACCGAGACCCAGACCUAGACGUUCCACUGAAAGUACUCAUCCCGAAUAUCCUGAUAUGUAGUUCGUACUCUGUGUUUCGAGCGAUUAUUCUGGUGGAGGAUUUUAUUGGGUUGAGACAGCUGCCGGAGAGUGCGUUUGAGACGGUGAGCUGGUCGACGUAUAUUCCUCACUGGUGA